AUGCCUGUCUGGGCACGGAACCCGUCCAAGGCCUGGGCCGAACGCUAUCUCCUGCUCGUUUGCCCGGUUGCCGUCGGCUUUUUGCUAGGUGCGGUCGUUGCCACCGGCUGGUACCAGCGACUAGACGCACUCGGUUACGCACUCGUGUCACUGGCUAUGGCGCUGGUGUGCGUGCUGCCGCCGGUGCUGUUCCCGGGAACACCCGACCGCACCUUGCCCUGGCAGGAGCGCUUCAUCUUCAAAGCGAACGUCUGGAACGGGGUCUUCGGAUUCAUCGGGAACUAUUUAUGGACGCACUAUUUCUACCGGUUGCUCGGCGCCGAGUACACCUUUCCAAGCUGGCGGCUCAAUGACGUACCCAUACCCUGUUAUCUAGCCACACAGCCGUACUUUUGCAUGUACCAUACGCUUGUGACGUUGGUGCUGAGGCUCGGAUCGCAGCGCUGGACGCGUCUUCAGCGAGUCCUGGUCGUGUUGGUGCUCGCGUACGGCACCGCUUUCGCGGAAACCGUCACCAUUGCCGCGUUUCCGCAUUACCGUUUCCGAGACUGGAGGCGUAUGGUAUGGAUCGGAUCCGCAUUCUACGGACUUUACUUUGUCGUCUCAUUUCCGAUGUACUAUCGAAUAGACGAGGAUGAGGUGCCGGCGGUGCGCUUCGACGAAUACCGUCGACCGGCACAGGGGAAGAAGCGGCCUGCAUCUGCCACGCGUUGGACGCUCAGCCAGGUGGCGUUGGAUGCGCUCGCCGCUGCCAUGCUGGUGACGCUUCUGUUGGAGGCGUGGCGACUCGCCAUUGGCGGCAUUCAUGAAGACAUAUACGCGGAUGCUGGUGCUGGUGCAAACCCGUGGAUGCUCGCGCGUGUCUAA